AGCUGUUUCGGCUCAGGGAGGCGCCACAGCUCGCCUGCCGUCAGGGCCGAUGCGGUCCCCGCCGAUGUCCCGGGCCCGCCCCCGGCUCUCCGCGGGCGCCGCGGGCGCGCUCCUCGGCGGCGCGGCCGCCUGCUGCUGGCGGUGGUCCGGCGCGUUCCUGGCCGGCCCCGCGCGGCCCGCUGCGCCCGCGGGCCCGCGCCAGCGGCCGCUGGCCGGGGGCGCGAAAGGCGGAGAGCGGGUGGUCGGCGGCCGCACGGGCAUGCGGGCGGAGUGGUUCCCCCGCCAGAGCGGCUUCACGGAUGCCGACCUCGCGGCCGAGCGGAGCAGGGCGAUGGCCCUCCCCGACCCUCCGGGCUACAGCGGGCCCAGGUACACGGGCAGGGGCUCCAUCACGGACCAGUGGAUCAAGGACCUGAUGGAGAUGCAGAAGAGCGACAAGCGCCUGCCCAAGAAGGACGCCACGCUGAUGGUCCUGGACGUGAUCGACAUCCUGGGGAAGGAGCCCAACGUCGUCUCCCUGAGCAUCCCGAGCGGCGGCAGCGUGUCCGUCGUCGGGGACACGCACGGCCAGUACUGGGACCUGUUCACCACCCUCGGCAUCACCGGGCCGCCGGGCCCCAGCAACCCCGUCGUCUUCAACGGGGACAUGGUGGACCGCGGCUCCUGGAGCAUCGAGGUCGUCUUGUCCAUCUUCGCCAUGAAGCUGAAGGACCCCCAGUUCGUGGGCAUCAACCGGGGCAACCACGAGAUGCUGGAGGCAAACAUGAUCUACGGCUUCUGCGGCGAGUGCGAGGCCAAGUACGGCACCGACCUCUUCGACCUCUUCUCCGAGGCCUUCCGGCGCCUGCCCCUCGGGCACCUGGUCGACAGCAAGGUCCUGAUCCUGCACGCGGGCGUCGGCGGGCCCGACCCGCGGAUCUGGAUGCCAGGACAGACCCACGAUCCCACCGACUCGAUCCCGCUGAACGCGAACCUGCCGACCCUGGCCACAAUCCAGGCCGUGGACCGAAACAUGGAGGUCAGCCCCGACGCCUACCAGAACAGCAUCGGGCCGUCCAGCACCGACAAGGCCGUGAUCGACGAGAGGCUGCUGAUCGACAUCCUCUGGAGCGACCCUCGCGGGGGCGGCGGCUACGGCCCGUCGUACCGCAAGUCCAAGGGGGUCUACAUGUACGGCCCGGACGUGUCGGCGGCGUUCUGCGAGGCCAACAACCUGCAGUGCAUCAUCCGCUCCCACGAGGUCAAGGCGGACGGGUUCCGGUGGGACCACCCGAAGGUGGUCACCGUCUUCAGCGCGCCAAACUACCUCGACACGGGCAACAACAAGGCGGCGGUGCUCAAGCUGACCCAGGCGGGCCCCGGCAGCGAGAUCGUGAUCACCCCCAGUGUCUACGAGGCCGCGAAGCACCCAGACCUGCCGCCCAUGCACUGGCAGUCCAUCAUCACAGAGAAGUACCCGCACCUGACCAGGAAGAUGAAGAAGAAGGAAACCGCGUCGGACUUCGACGACUUUGGCGACUCCGACUUUGCCGGCAUCAUGAACUUCGACGAGUGGGAGCCAGACGAGGCCGAGGCCUUCCAGGACGCCUUCAAGCUCGACGGCUACGGCCGCGAGCUGAAGCCUGGCGAAACACGAGUUUGAAUAGAGAGGGAGAGAGAGAGAGAGAGAGAGAGAUGGCGAACGCGAAUUUGAAGAGCGUCAGUUUCAACCGAUUUUUUACGCCGUUGGCCGGUAUGUGCCUUCUCCCCUGUCUCCGUCCCUUCUCAGUGCUCCGUCCUUCCUCGUUCCUGCUGCACGUGCUUCGCCAGGCGGUGUGACAGCACUCGCAUUAUGUUUCUUGACCGGUAUGUCUGCUUCCAGACGUCGCGAGCAAAAUGGGCGAAUCUUUGGUGCGAGGCACGCUCGGACUCUUGCCAAUGGCCAUGUCUUUCGAGCGGAUCAUCUCCGCCGUCUGGCCGACCAGCCCGAGGAGG